AUGUUCCGCAACGGCGCAACACGGAGUCUCCUCCGCUCCCUCAACACCCAAGCAACCCUCCGCACGUCGAGUCCUGCCUUCCGACCACAGCUCAAGUCGCAGCUAUGCACCUUCGCCAAGAGGCCGCAGACGGUCGCUAUGGGCAAGCCAAUGGCUCUUCAGCUCAUGCGCGCACAGUACGCGACGCUGGAGAACCCAAUGGACAAGAUCAACAAGAAGGCCGAGGAGAAGAUUGGGCAGAAGGUGCUGCCAGCUGAUCCGGAGACUGUCAGCUUGAGCUCUUCCACACAUCCCAUCAACAGUGAAAUCGGUACCGAGGAGGCGGAGAAGGAUACGGAUAUGAUGGCUGGUGUCAGGUCGGAUAUGCAAACGAUCCGCGAGACUUUCAGCUUGGAGGAGGUUCCACGCCAAGCCUACUACAUUGGUCUUGCUGGCGUGUUGCCUUAUGUUGCGACCUCGGCCAGCACCAUCUACUGCGCCUGGGAGAUCAACCACGCGGCUGCUCACGGUGUGGGUUUCGCUAUGAGCGGCAAGACUGCUGAGCUGCUGCUUCACAUUUUGGAGCCUCUGCAAGUUGGCUACGGUGCUGCUAUCAUCUCCUUCCUCGGCGCCAUCCACUGGGGCCUUGAGUUCGCCCGGUACGGCGGUGUACAAGGCUACCCACGCUACUCGAUCGGUGUCUUCGCCACAGCUCUCGCCUGGCCCACCAUCAUGCUCCCAGUCGAAUACGCUCUCAUUUCGCAAUUCCUGAUCUUCAACUUCCUCUACUACACCGAUUCCCGCGCCAGCAAGACCGGCUGGGCACCACACUGGUACGGCGUCUACCGCUUCGUCCUGACCUUCAUCGUCGGCGCCAGCAUUGUCGCUUCUCUGAUCGGACGUGGACAGAUCCAGGGCGAGAUCGGACACUCUUCUGGACCAGCACAGCGCGUGAGGGAGUUGCGCCAGCACCAGGCGGAGGAGGCGCAGAAUGAGGAGGAGCAGAGGAGGAAGUAUCUAGCGGAGAAGGAGGAUGAGGAUGAUGAGUAG